AUGCCCUCCCUCACUCUGACCGACCCGGACAUGAUCCUGCCGUAUGACGGUAGCGAACGCGAAUCCUCUACUCCCUCUCCGCCCUCCCAGCUCGUCUACCUAUCCAACCUGAAUGCUCGGUACAACUCGUCAGACCCCCAUGCCAGCUCCAGUGUAGCCAGCUCCGGCAGCCGGGCCAAGAAGAAUUUUUCGCGAAAUACCUGGACCCACGAGGACGUCACUACCAACCCGAGACGCUUGUCUGAUAUCGGGGAGGAGCUGUCGCCUGCGCGUUUGGGGGGUUUUGAUGAGGAAGAGGGCCAGGAUAAGGGGCUCGGGGAUGCGCAGGGAACUCCUGACGCGAAGGAUAAUGCGUGGAGUAGUUCAAGCUCCACGGUUAGUGCGGGGAGUGCACGUCCAAGGGAGGUGACUUCUCCAGCGACAGUUCGUGAGGUGUCGCCUCCGAAUGAAGUGAUUAGCAUGUCGAGUGCUGAGAACGAGGAGGUGAAGAAAGUGCUGUCUCCUGAUAGUGGUGCCAGUAUAUCGGGUAGUCCCAUUGCAAUUGCUACGGCUGCUGCUACGGGCAAAGGUCCCGGAGAGGAUUACUCCUCAGCGAUCUUGAGUAGCGAAGCGGAGAGGAUUCUGGAAAAUGCAAAGAAACGUUUGACGCUCAUGGAGGGCAAUCUGAACCGCGCUCGUUCUACUACGCGCCUCACGCCUUCGCCUUCGCCCUCAGCGCCGGGCAAUAUUCAGCCUCUGGGCGCGCAUCAGCCGGCUGGCGGACUGUACAGGUCAAUUUCUCGGACUGACCGCAGACCAUCCACGCUACGACGGCAGUCGUUCGUAUCCUCGCAGGAUUCCCCUAACAACAGGCAUUCGCGGGUACACAGCGACACGAACUUCCCUCCUGAGUCGAGUAUGUCGAACGAUACAAAGCGCCUAUCCCGCUCCGUAAGUGCUAUGGGUGCCAGCACUUCGUCAUUUCACCAUGAUGAGCGCUCAUUCCAGUAUGAGCCGACUCGCGCAUACUUGACGCACCGGUCGUCGACCCCAUCUAUCAAACCGCCUUGUCCAGAAUCGCCACAGCCCGUGCAUUCACCGCAGCUCAUAGAAUCCCCUGUGCCUGAAGAGAAUAGCUCAUCGGACUCUCCAAGAGGACUGGGCAUCUCGGCAGAUGACGAGUCAAACUCCAACCCAGGAGACUUCAGUCCAGUAUACAGUACUUUUGGCCCACAAAGUCGUGCACAGUCUCAGCUGCAGGUGCGUGACUUGCAAUAUCAAAUGAAAGGCCUUCACAUCAAGAUCUCCUCUCUCAAAGUUCGGACCCAGGAGGACAACAUGCGUCGUCGAAGUCUACAGAGCUUGCGUACGCCGAGUCCUCUGACGCAAGCUGAUGCCUGGUAUGCCAAUGCUCUCGAGUUGAGAGAGGGACAAAGCAGCCGUGGGUCAAAUGGUCGACGAGAUGUGAGCUCAGAGUAUGCUCGCGAGGCUCGCUCUUCUAACGAGCAACUUGACAAGGUCAAGCAAUCUGAACGGACUGAAGAAAGCCCCAUGGACAACAAUCGCGCGAGCCUUUCUCGGGCUCCAGAUGCCUGGCCUAAUUCAAGACCUGAGGCUUACGACGAUGGACGGCAAUCUGUUGCUGAAAGUCUGUACGAAGAUGCCGAGGAAGGGGACUUUGAGGAUGGCGAUAUCGACCGUGAGGCGUUGGAUGAAAUCUUGCGAGAACCGCUUGAUGAAGACCUAGAAAGCCUUGAUGAGUUUCCCGGUGUUGAUACUCGGCCCCACGAGGAACGAGAAGAUGCAUUCGACUAUGAGCACUUCAUUCUCCACAGUGCCCUGGGCAACUACUCCCGCCAGGUACGCCGUCCAAGCCAAAGCUCCCGUGGUUCAGUCGAGACGACGCGGCCGGGCCGAUCAGUGCGACACUCGCGCACGAACAGUGCCAUGUCCGUCUCAACGGUUGCCACGUUCGCGACAGCCACCGAGGGGGAGAUCCCAGAAGAGGAAGAGGAUGAUUUGUUAUAUUGGGACCGGAAGUUCAACCAUGAAUUGCGACAUCGCCAUUCACAAAGCCGCCAGGCCCAACACAUUGAGACUGAUCGGUCUGAAACUCCCCGAGGGAUUCGGGAAGAAAAUGGCUCUGUCACUCCCGUUGAAGACCAACAGCUGACCCCCCGUCGCGUGGACAUGACUGGCCGCUCCUCAUCUGCCACCACCGGCUCCGCAACUCCAACCUCUCUCGUCUCCUCCCUCGUUUCCACCGUGCGGGCCGCUUCCAGCCCGCACCCAGGCUCCGUGACUCCAACCUCGGCUGGCGGCAUCAAUGAUGAUGAUACCCAGAUGUUAGAGCAACUGUUCUCGAGUCUGGGUAAUGUCUGCAUGGAUCUUCAGGCUAUCACGACCUCUCCUGAUCCCGACUUGAAGGCCGCUCGGGUUCUUCGACGACGAUUGGAUGCCGCACGGAGAGUGCUGGACGGAGAAUUGGAUACUUAA